ACCGAAAUUAGGGUUUCGCUUUCCUGGCUAUAAAAGUGUCCUCCCCCUCCCGAUUCUCCACCUCUCAAGUUCGCCGCCGCUGCUUCGGUUGUUUUGCUUUCCGAUUCUAGCAAGAGCUGCCGGAGAGAAGUGAGAUGGGGCACUCAAACGUCUGGAACUCGCAUCCCAAGAACUAUGGCCCUGGAUCUCGGAAAUGUCGUGUUUGUGGGAACCCUCAUGCAAUAAUCAGGAAGUAUGGCCUCAUGUGUUGCAGACAGUGCUUCCGCAGCAAUGCCAAGGGAAUUGGCUUUAUUAAGUAUCGUUGAGGGGAGGAUCUUAACGUGUUGCAGCAUGAAAAUAUUAUUCACCGGAGGAUUUUAUUUUGGUUCUGUCUUUUUACUCUUUCAUCAUGAAAUUCAAACUUGGGUUGUGGUUGAAAAAUGUACUGAUAAAUAGUUUGUUUUAAUUGCAUACAUUUCAUACCCCUUUAA